AUGUCUAAAGUCACAGUCGCUGGCGUGCGCCAAAAUGUGCAGCAACUUCUGGAUUAUUCCAACAACCAGAAGAAGAGAAAUUUCCUCGAGACCGUCGAACUCCAGAUUGGCUUGAAGAACUAUGACCCCCAGCGUGACAAGCGUUUCUCUGGCACUAUCAAGUUGCCAUCCGUCCCUCGCCCUGGAAUGAGCGUCUGUGUUCUUGGUGACCAGCACGACAUUGACCGUGCCAAGCACCACGGCGUCGAUGCCAUGUCCGUUGAUGACUUGAAGAAGCUCAACAAGAACAAGAAGCAGAUCAAGAAGUUGGCCCGCAAAUACGAUGCCUUCCUUGCCUCCGAAACCUUGAUCAAGCAGAUUCCUCGUCUCUUGGGUCCAGGUCUCUCCAAGGCCGGUAAAUUCCCUACUCCUCUCUCGCACAACGAAGAUCUCGCCAACAAGAUCAACGAUGUCAAGUCCACCAUCAAGUUCCAGCUCAAGAAGGUGCUCUGCAUGGGUGUUGCUGUUGGAAACGUUGGCAUGACUGAGGAUGAGUUGAUUUCCAACAUCAUGUUGGCCAUCAACUACUUGGUCUCUUUGUUGAAAAAGGGAUGGCAAAACGUUGGCAGCUUGACCAUCAAGGCUACCAUGUCUCCUCCUAAGAGACUCUACUAA